AGAGUGCUUUUGGAAACAGCGCGUUAUACGAGCAGCCUAUUUAUUAUCACGCUCAUUUCGACUCUUUCUUCGUAGUCAAAUCAAUGGCUGGUUACAAUACAGAGAAAGCACCAAACGUUCGUGUUACUCUGUUAGAAGACCCUAAUAACAGUCUUCAAGAGUUGUUUAAUCCCGUUUCUCAGAGGCAGCAGGUGCCACUGAAUCAGCGAAAAUUGCCAAAAUCAUUUUUUGUUCCUCCCACUGGAUUUAACAACCCCACUUGCCUACGAGAGUUUCCAUCAACUGAUUUAGUUAUCUCUCAUAGCAAGGCAAACUCCUCUCCUGCUUGCUUGGGUGCUCCUUUGUACACGUCUGUCGAACCCAACAUUCCUAACCAUGCACACCAAAAAAGCUUGGAUAUUGCUGCAGAUUUCAUACAUGGAUAUUCACACAAUAUUGAUGUGAACGAUCUGGCUGCUGAGGGAUUUAUGUAUGGCUCCAGUGAAAACCCUACAUCAAACUAUGUUUGUAGACCUGUCUUAAACUAUGCCGUUAGUGAAUUGCCAUCUGGAUACGAAAUGACGUUGAAUGAAAACAAUCAAGUUUACUUUCUGAAUCAUCGAACUAAAGAAACAACAUGGUUUGACCCUCGUAUUCCUGAGGCACAGCAAAAAUGGGGAAUGACUCUUGAAGAACUUCAGCAGCUUCAUUUAAGCUAUGCAGGACAAUUGAGAGGAAAUGCCGCAAUAUUCAGACCCCAGCUGGAUCAAACAUGCUCGGUGGCGGUGACCACGCCAUCCACCGGUGUGACCGUUCCCUCAACCAUGUCCGGUGUCCGAUGUCCACAGUCCCCACCAUCACAGUCGCACCCGGUAGCCGUCAUGUGCACCACCGACUCAUCUUCUGCGACUCCACCACCAAGGAGUGCGCCACCGGGGGGUUCGGUGUCCAGACUGCGCUUAUCUUCGCAAGCGAAUGUGACAGCCCACUUGAUGCAUUCAACAAAGCGUCAACAUGUACAGCAUUCCAUGCGUGGUCAGCUCGAACAGAAUAUUCUGCCCGAAACCCAACAACGGCUACAAAACAAUACAGUUCCGACACAGAAUACAUCAAACCUCCUUGGAACACACUUACGCUCCUGCAGCCAGCCUGUAUCCAUGUCAGUUGGCAGGGAUGGCGUACUGAAUUCUGCGGUGCUGAAUUCGUCCCGACUGGGUAAUCAGACUCAUAUGAGUUCUGUUGGUGGUACCGUUUGUGGAAUAUCUGCCAGUUCAUCCCUCAUCGGAUUGGCAGCCGCCUCUACACCCGGCGGUCCAAUUGGUAGUCAACUCGCACUUCAAAGCGCCCAUUUGGGUUCGACUACAACAAGCAGUUCAUCCGGCCAACUUGUUCAAGGCUUGGAAUGCCUACGACUAAACACAUCCACUGGAUCAGUUUCAGCGUUGGUAACCCCGCCACAUAUGGCAGAACCACAAACUGCUCCGCAAUCCCAAGCCCAGCAAGCGCUGCAAGCGGCGCGAUUGCAAUCACAGCAUCCGCAAUAUAUGGUCGCACUGAACUCCAUCAACCCAUCCGCUGUAUCUGGUAACGUCAGAUUUUCUGGAACCAGCCUGUCUGCAGUAACUAUACCGGCCAGUCAGCACUCCCACCAGGGCAGCAUGGACAGUGGUGUUGGUCAGUCGUUGGCCGGUCAGUCGAGCGCGAGUGCUAAUCAAACCCCGGAGCACACAGUGAUGCAUUUUUGCGACACCGGAUUGAAUGAAUGCAGCUCUGAACACAUGGAAGGUAUCGCAUAUCCCAACGAAGAGAUUGGAAAUGCCCCAUUAACCAUGUUCGACAACAUCGACAUUUCGGAUCUGAGCACCUGAUCGUGGGCUUCCUGGACACGGCGACUUUUCGAUGGUGCAGAUAAUGGAUCAAUAAACACGUCAACAAAAUCCGGAAGCAUUUUCGCAGUAGGAAGGGUGAUCAGAGUAGCAACACGAAUUAUCUUGCUACUCCCCUUUUUAAUUGAUUUACUGUUUUUAUCCACGCUGGCUGCUCACAAGAUUAUACGCUUUUCGACAUUGAAGCCUAUCAGUGAGACGGUAAACGUGCAACUCCUUGCAACAGACUAUCACCACGCGCAAAUACUGCCUAUGCGGAACUCUAACAAUGAACUACAGGGAAUUGAAAUCUUUCCAUUUAGUCACCUUUUACGUACUUGCGCAUGACCAACUUAUCUCUGCAUAUGUCUUUCAUCUGUUCCUUUUCCUACACAUAUAUAAUCCAGUAGAACUGAACCCAUCGGGUGUAUCACUUCCAAUUUUAUAGUGCCCUUUUAUGGCUACUCAAAGUUCUAAUAUCAUACGACUCACCUAAAUCUCUUCUUCGAGUUCCAUCAAGAAAGUCAACAUAUUCUCUUUCAAGUUCAUCAUAGUUUCUUUUUUCUCUCUAAGUUUCACUCCAACUAACUUCCACUGACCUACUGUGACCACAUGACCCAGACUCCGCUCUCGUCGUUUAUAGUGGCUUUCAUUUUUGACUUACACACCUUGUUUUACAUGACUUGUGUCUCAUCUUCAGAGUGCACUAUCUGUCCACUGUUGGAAUAUUUUUGAAUGCAUUCUUUGUACCUGACAACUUGAACUGUUUUCCAUUUGUGAGUAUUUGCUAUGCUGCAAGAAUUUGAACUGCAGGUUUGCAUAGAACACUGAGAAGGCAAAGCAAUGCUUGUGUGCAACCGUAAACACAACUGCACCCUCGAUUUCACUUUUAACCCCUUCAAUGACGCAAGCUAUUCUCCUGGCUUAGUCUACCAGCCUGUUUCGAAAUUUCAAACUCCUUGCUACAAUGCCUGACAGUUUCAAAGUUGUCAAGGAGAAAUCUUCUCCAUAUAUCUAAAGGAUUUACGUAUAAAGACAAACCCUUUCAGAAUAAUUCAUUUCACGAGUGUCUAUCUGCUUUUUCACUGGACACAUCUAUGUUUUAUUUCUCUAUUUGUUUCAUUUGGCUUGUUGCAACACGUUCUUGCACCUUUUACUACCUACAAAUCCUAUCGAUCUCGAAAUACAUUGGACCUCUUUCAUCUACACAGUCUACAAACCCCCGUCGGAUGUUCGUUGACCAAUAGCUCUAGUCUGAGCACGUAUUUCUUCCUUUUUCAUCUAUAUACUUCAAUCUUCUGCAGAGUUGUUUAACGGGUAAUUAUGCUUCUUGGCCGCUUCGAUGCACAUUGCCAAACAUAAUGAUUUGUACUAUAUUUAAAGAUCCGCAUUGUUGAACUCGGCUUACUUCAACGUUUUUAAUCACCUUGUUAGUUCCUCUCUUAUUUUUUCCACUUAUAGCAGUGAUUUGUUUUUCGUCAGAAGCUUGGAUACUUUAAGUGCAGCCCCUUUCUGCUUCACAGAAUCGUAAAAUUUUUGACAAUGCCAGCCCCCAUUUAUAACCCACAAAUUUGGGUUACCAAACGAAAAUAAGGUCUAUUGUCAUGAAUAAUUAUUUCGUAUUUACAUUGUGCAUGCUCAUCUGCUAUAUUACUGACUUGGUAAUUUGCGCUGUACCUAUGCUGUUCGGAAGAAAACGCAUGUUUUUAUCA